AUGAAGCAUUCUGCAAUUCUGGCCGUAUCAGGCCUGUUCGGCAGCCUUGCCGCUGCUUCGGCUUGCUGCAACAACCGAUGCGUAAGGGCCAUCGUUUCUCCUUCUGUACUUGGCGUUGCGGAUUGUUCGUCGCUUCUUGCAACGACGGUGACGCCAGCGACUAGCACCAUUACUUCGACUGUCACCUUGGGUAAAGCCCAAAACGUGACGUUUGUGGUGUCAUCCGCCUACACGACUGACAUCACGACCACAGUCUACACUGAGACAAUUGUAUCCACAUCCAGCCUUACUGUGACGGAGAGCGUCGAUGUUAUCACAGCAACGCAGACGGAGACUACAAUAGUAUCGACUGAAACGCAAACAGUGUUGACAACAGUUACUGCAACCCCAGUCAAGGCACGCCGCGCCGCCAACGACACCUUGGGUCUCCCGCAAUACGCAUCAGUCUGUGGAUCUUGGCCCAAGUAUGCCGAUGCAUGCUCGUGUAUCGGGGCCGCGCCGGGUACUAUCACAGCGCCUACACCCAUUACCACCAUCACUGUGACCGAGACCCAGACUAAAUAUUCCAAUGUCACGUCAAGUGUUCUCAGCACCGAAACCCGCACGAUCCCCGUUUCUAUCAGUGUUUCGACCACCGAGAUCGACACCGUCCCGGUAACUGCCACAACUACAACCACGCAGAUAGCUUACAUCAGUGCUACAACGACAACCGUGGCGACCGCUACAGCCACAGUGUCCACUUGUGUUAAUAUCGUCCAAAACCCUGGUUUCGACGACGCCACAGUCUCCCCGUGGACGUUUGUGGAUUCUGGAAUGCAACGGUUGGAAGAUCCAUCGAAAGCACACUCUGGUGGCAAAGCUGCGUUGUCCGUCAUCACCACUUUCGCACAGAGAAACCGUGUUACUCAGACAAUCAACCUGGUAUCGGGCAAUCCCUAUCGCAUCCGAUAUUGGUGGGCUAUCAACUCCGGUGUGGCCGGGAGCGGUAACCGUGGCUGCUACAUUACUACGAUAAUAGGGGGUGGUGUGGUCUACAGCGACUUCCCAAUUCCGGCUGUCCCGCUUAACACUUGGGCCGCCCACGAGAUCUCGUUCACGGCCCCUUCUGAUAGUCCACUGCUCGCGAUUUACAUGUUUUGCAACCAACAGGCCAACGGUUUGCAAGUACUUCUCGAUGAUGUUUCCGUCUAUCCCGACACAACUGCAGGGUCUGAUGGUUACUGCAUUCCUCCAGCCAUAUGA